AUGUCCACUGAGCAGAGACCUGAGGGAGGUAGGGGAGCCCUGUGGAUGUGGAUGUCUGGGAGGAAGGGCAUUUUGAGCAGAGGCACCGACCAAGGCAGGAGCUGGGAGAGGGAGUGCAGGGCUGAUGAGGGCAGAGAGGGACCAGCCAGGAGGACCCUGAUGGACUCAGGUGAUUCCAGGCUCCCUCCCACUACAGGUAUGGGCAGGGAUGGGAACAGGGAGACCAGGGAGGAGGCUGCUGGGAUGGCCCAGGGGAAAAGCAGUGGCCUGGGCCACUGGCUGUUUAAUUAUUUUAUUCAUGUAUUUUAUUCCACAAAUUUAUUUUACAAGUGUUACAUGAAUGCCUACCCUGCAUCCUGUCCCGCAUUGUGCUGGGGACAGAGCAGUGACCCAUAGACCCGUGAAGGACUUGGACCUGUCAUCAGACAGUGACGGCCCAGAGUAGUCCAGGAUGGGAGCUGCCCAGGGGACUGUGGGGUCACGCAUGAGCCAAAGUCCUGAAGGACAAAUAAGCAUUUGCUAGGCAAAGAAGAACUACGAUCUGGACAGACAGAAUGGCAUAUGUUAAGGCUUGGAGCACCACACCCCACUCUGGCCGGAGCACGCCAAGCAGCUCCCCAUCGCUCCGGAAACGGCUGCAGCUCCUGCCCCCAAGCCGGCCCCCACCUGAGCCAGAACCAGGCACCAUGGUGGAGAAGGGAUCAGAUAGCUCCUCAGAGAAGGGUGGGGUGCCUGGGACCCCCAGCACCCAGAGCCUAGGCAGCCGGAACUUCAUCCGCAACAGCAAGAAGAUGCAGAGCUGGUACAGUAUGCUGAGCCCCACUUACAAGCAGCGUAAUGAGGACUUCCGGAAACUGUUCAGCAAACUCCCCGAAGCAGAACGCCUCAUUGUGGAUUACUCCUGCGCCCUGCAGCGUGAGAUCCUGCUCCAGGGCCGCCUCUACCUCUCCGAGAACUGGAUCUGCUUCUACAGCAACAUCUUCCGCUGGGAGACCACGAUCUCCAUCCAGCUGAAGGAAGUGACAUGUCUGAAGAAGGAAAAGACGGCCAAGCUGAUCCCCAACGCCAUCCAGAUCUGCACGGAGAGCGAGAAGCAUUUCUUCACUUCCUUUGGGGCCCGUGACCGCUGCUUCCUCCUCAUCUUCCGCCUCUGGCAGAAUGCACUGCUUGAAAAGACGCUGAGUCCCCGCGAGCUCUGGCACCUGGUGCAUCAGUGCUACGGCUCAGAGCUGGGCCUCACCAGUGAGGAUGAGGACUAUGUCUCCCCCUUGCAGCUGAACGGUCUGGGGACCCCCAAGGAAGUGGGAGAUGUGAUCGCCCUGAGCGACAUCACCUCCUCGGGGGCAGCUGACCGCAGCCAGGAGCCAAGCCCAGUGGGUUCGCGCCGUGGCCGUGUCACGCCCAACCUUUCCCGAGCCAGCAGCGACACAGACCAUGGGGCAGAGGAGGACAAGGAGGAGCAGGUAGACAGCCAGCCAGACGCCUCCUCCAGCCAGACAGUGACCCCGGUGGCUGAACCCCCGAGCACAGAGCCCACCCAGCCUGACGGGCCCACCACCCUGGGCCCCUUGGACCUGCUGCCCAGUGAGGAGCUAUUGACGGACACAAGUAACUCCUCUUCAUCCACUGGAGAGGAAGCGGACUUGGCUGCCCUGCUUCCCGACCUCUCCGGCCGCCUCCUCAUCAACUCUGUCUUCCAUGUGGGCGCUGAGCGGCUCCAGCAGAUGCUCUUCUCGGACUCGCCCUUCCUCCAGGGCUUCCUACAGCAGUGCAAGUUCACAGACGUGACCCUGAGCCCCUGGAGUGGGGACAGCAAGUGCCACCAGCGCCGGGUGCUGACGUACACCAUCCCCAUCAGCAACCCACUGGGCCCCAAGAGCGCCUCCGUGGUGGAGACACAGACGCUGUUCCGGCGCGGCCCCCAGGCCGGCGGGUGUGUGGUGGACUCCGAGGUGCUGACGCAGGGCAUCCCCUACCAGGACUACUUCUACACUGCCCACCGCUACUGCAUCUUGGGUCUGGCCCGGAACAAGGCGCGGCUCCGAGUGUCCUCUGAGAUCCGCUACCGAAAGCAGCCGUGGAGCCUGGUGAAGUCGCUCAUUGAGAAGAACUCGUGGAGCGGCAUUGAAGACUAUUUCCACCAUCUGGAGCGAGAGCUCGCCAAGGCUGAGAAGCUGUCUCUGGAGGAAGGCGGGAAGGAUGCCCGGGGCUUGCUAUCUGGCCUGCGGCGGCGGAAGCGGCCCCUGAGCUGGCGGGCUCACGGGGAUGGGCCCCAGCACCCAGAUCCUGACCCCUGUGCCCGGGCCGGCAUGCACACCUCGGGCUCCCUCAGCUCCCGCUUCUCCGAACCGUCUGUGGACCAGGGCCCCGGGGCAGGCAUCCCCAGUGCCCUGGUUCUCAUCAGCAUUGUCCUUAUCAUCCUCAUCGCCCUCAAUGUCCUGCUCUUCUACCGCCUCUGGUCCCUGGAAAGGACAGCCCACACCUUUGAGUCCUGGCACAGCCUGGCCCUGGCCAAGGGCAAGUUCCCCCAGACGGCCACAGAGUGGGCCGAGAUCCUGGCGCUGCAGAAGCAAUUCCACAGCGUGGAGGUGCACAAGUGGAGGCAGAUCCUGCGGGCCUCCGUGGAGCUCCUGGAUGAGGUAGGAGGCGCCGCUCGGGCAGGGCUCGGGGCUGCAGGGCUGCAGGGUCCUGUGUUGAAACCCCACCGUGCGGCAGGCACUUCCCCUCUCCGGGUCUCAGUGUCCUCCUCUGUAAAAUGAGGAAGCCACUCAGAGUCCCCACCCCACAGCAUUGCAGGGGAAAGCAUGGAAGCAUGGAUGGAAGACAGAACUGAUUGGCUCACGUCCUGGAGAAAAGUCCAGAGGCGUCUCACAUUAGGCACGGCCGGGUUUGGUCACUCAACAGCAGUAAGAGUCAGUCUCUCGUGCCCACUCUGCCCUGUGCCCAUCUCCAGGGUUGGCUUCAUUGGAGGCCACCCUUUUCCCCCCGCAGGGGACCACGGAGCUUACUCUCAUUGGCUGCUGGGGUCCCAGGCCUACCCCUGACACAUCACAGCAGCCAGGGCAGGCCAGGUGUGGUCCCUCUACCCGCUACCCCCCUCUGGGGUAACUAAGGGGUCACAUGGUCUGAAGGGGAGAGACUCUCCAAAGGACCUGAGGUCUCAUCUCCAAAACGGAGUGGACCCAGACACCCAGUGUAGUUCAGGGACAAUGUCCACUCAGACAACCAGGUUCCAAUUCUGGUGUGUGACCUUGUGUAAGUGAUUUUGCCAUGGUGGCCGUGGCCUCCUCUGUGCACAGGAUAAUGACUGAUGCUACCUCAAAGACUGUUGUAAGGAUGAGACAAGUUGACAUUGGGAGUGGUGCCAGGCCUGCAGGAAACACUGGAUGUGGGCUGGCUGUCCUGAGUGUGAGCCUAGCGCCAGGGACAAAGCAGAUGCCCAAUAAAUGUGAUGUCAUCACACGACAAUUCCCUCAGGCCCCAGUAGACUCAGGCCAGCAGUUGCGGUGGGUCAGAGCAAGUGUCAGGCCAGCAGUUGCGGUGGGUCAGAGCAAGUGUCAGGCACUCGGGGAAGGUGUCGAGGGGGAAAGCGGAUGGGAAACAGAGUCUGGCGUUGCCUGCAUUUCCAAGGCCAUCAGAGCUGAAGUUGUGGGUGACGGUGAAAACCUUGUCUCAUUGGACCCUUCCAUAUCAGAAGGCUCAUCUUUAGGGGUCUCAUUGCCCCCCGAAAUCAAGCUUGGGAGAGGCUCACACUGGAAAGGGCGGGGCAGGACAGGGUGGGGAGGAGAUGAAGGCUGAAGCCCCAUCACUCAUAGAGAGGGUAGGCAGGGCCCCCCAUCCUGCGUUAUUUUAUUUUAUUCUUUUGAGACAGGAUCUCAUUCUGUUGCCCAGGCUGGAGUGCAGUGGCACGAUCAUGGCUCAUCGCUGCCUCGAACUCCUGAAUCAAGUGAUCCUCCUGCCUCAGCAUCCUGAGUAGCUGGGACUAUAGGCAGGCACCACCACACCUGGCCAAUUUUAAAAUUUUUUGUAGAGACCAGAGUCUCACCAUGUUGCCCAGGCUGGUCUCAAACUCCUGGCCUCAGGCAAUCCUCCCGCCUCGGCCUCCCAAAGUCCUGGGAUUGCAGGUGUGAUCCACCACGCCUGGCCCUGAGUUAAAUUUUUAUCAUUUUCCUCUCUCUCAAACUGCUAAGGGUGCAGAGUUGACGUCACAGAUUGGUGCUCACAGUAGAUGUAGACUGAGCACUUACCUGCAGCUGGGCUGUUCUAAGUUUUAAGCAUGACUGCUUUAUCCCCACAGCCAGCCUUUGAGGAAGAUGCUCUUGUUAUCCCAGUUUUUUUGAGACAGUCUCGAUCUGUCACCCAGGCUGGCGUGCAGUGGUGCGACCUCUGCCUUCCAGGUUAAAGCGAUUCUUGUGCCUCAGCUUCCCAGGUAGCUGGGAUUACAGGCACCCGCCACCACGCCUGGCUAAUUUUUGUAUUUUUAGUAGAGACGGGGUUUCACCAUGUUGGCCAGGCUGGUCUUGAACUCCUGACCUUAAGUGAUCCACCGGUCUCAGCCUCCCAAAGUGCUGGGAUUACAGGCAUGAGCCACUGUGCCCGGCCGUUAUCCCGGUUUUAUACAUAGGUAGGCGAUAUGAGGCAUCCAGAGGUUCGAGGAGCUCAGGAGCUUGCCCGAGGUCACAGAGUGGGUAAUGGUGACAGCUAACAUGUGCUGAGCACUUAGUGUACACCAGGUUCUCAGUGCUCUUCAGAACCCUGAAAUAAUCCUGUGGAGCAGAUGUGUUAUAGACCCGUAUUUCAAAUGAGGGGAUUUUGGCUCAGGGUGGUUACGGGACUUGCCUGAGGUUAACUGAGGUAACAAGCAGCAGAGCCGGGAUUUGAACCUAGGCCAUCGGGGUCACAGGCACACACUAAGCCCCUUCCUCUGCUGCCUCUGAGAAGUUAAACUGGGUGCAGCAUGGCUGUGCUCUUUUCACCAAGGGACCCUGGGGUGGGGCAGUAUGGCCUCUAGACCGUCCUCAGUUUCUCAAUGGCAAGAUGGGGGUGGGCGACAUCACCCCCCAGCCUCCAGCGUUCACCCCCGACCCUGCUCACCUCCUCCCCGCAGAUGAAGUUCUCACUGGAGAAGCUGCACCAAGGCAUCACAGUCUCAGACCCUCCCUUUGACACCCAGCCCCGGCCCGAUGACAGCUUUUCCUGAGGACCCCGGCCAUGCAGCUGUUCCCCCACAUGGACAGAUGGACACACAGAGCCUCGGCGGCCACUGCUGGCACGGUGUGAGCGCCAGGCAUCUCCCACCCGCCCCUCCCGACGGCCCAACCAGGGGCUGUGCAGACGUGGGGACCACGGAACCGAGAUGCACUUUAGACCAGGGAGCUGGCCCGGCCUCUGGCAGGCCCCCCACUAACUUAUUUUGCCCGGCUGAGGUGGGGGGCGCCUCCUGGGGUGCACGAUUCCCUCAGCUCUGGGUUUAAUGUAUUAUAUUUAUUUGGGGCCGACAGUGCCCCAAUAAAGGGUCAGAAGUG